UUUGAUGGGAUGGGACGCGUUAAAGUUUGGAGGAUGAGGAAUGGAAGAAGAUAGGAAGUUGGUUUGUGAGGCGGUGCACGGGAUUGGGGUAUUUUCAGAAGAUCCUCUAACUGAUUUAAUUGUUGAAGUGAUAAGAGACUCUUUCUCUUAUCACACUAAAGAACUAAAGUGAGGCGAUUGGUCGCCCGACAGUAAUGAAUUUUGAAUUGAGUAGCACGAAACAAAUUGGUAUUGGAUUGACAUUAUUUGGCGUUACAUUCUUCACACUUGGUAUUAUUCUCUUUUUGGAUGGAGCACUGCUCGCUAUUGGAAAUCUGUUGUUUAUAAGCGGGUUAGUAUUGGUGAUAGGAAUCCAACGAACAGUGGCAUUCUUUUUUCAAAGGCAUAAAGUCAAGGCAUCUUCGUUAUUUUUUGGCGGCAUUAUCGUUGUAUUAAUUGGUUGGCCAUUGUUGGGGAUCGUUGCCGAAAUUUGGGGCUUUUUCCUUUUGUUUGGUGGUUUUUUGCCAGUUGCGACCAAUUUUCUUCGACAAGUUCCUGUAAUUGGUAGUUUUUUAUGCUUACCAGGAAUAAAACAGGUAACUUACUUUUCUCUUUUUUUCCCUCAAUGACCGAACAGUAUUCAUUUCAGCUACGUCAUGUGUCUCUGAUUUGUCCAUGAAGUAUGAAAUCAGGGUGUAAAUUUCGUACAUGUUUAUUGGCUUAAGAUCUUCGUCCUUAAUCUUUGUUCCUCAGUUAAUCAUUAUGGUUGUGAUUUGAGGCGAAUCCAGAAAGGUAUUUUCAUCUUUUAUUCAAGUAAGUGCUUGCAGAUUUUGGAUCGUUUAGCUCCUGAAAGUCGGUAUCCAGUUUAGUUUAUCUGAAUUGUAGUGCUUUCGCGUUUCAUCAAUGUCACUGUGGGAAGGCUAUACUUUAUGUGAGAAAGGAGCUGUUCAGAAGUAAAUCUUGAUAAAGAAUUUUGGAAAAUGAAUUUUACAGUUCGCCAGUCAUAAUUUGCUAUUUAUAUAUUUUCAGCUUAAGUACCGCCGAAUUUUCUGAUUUGCUUUACAGAAAAAUUUUUGGGAAUAGUUUUGCAGUGAUCUACUACUGAGUGAUUUUGUGUUUUAGUUUUCAGCUUUCUUCUUUUCUAUUUGCAAGGUUUCGUGGUCA